GUAAGAUGUUGAUUGUAUUUUCUGUUGAAAAGAAACUGUGUAAUUGUGUCUAGCUAAACCCAUAUCUUCAUGUGAACAUUACUUAAGAUAUGGAGUUUCAAAUGAUGUCUUUUUUUUCAUGGCAUCCGUCUUCGCAGGAUGAAAUCACACAAGUACUGUGAUGUUUUCUUUAGGUGGAUAAGCUGUUCCCUAGGCACCUAUCCAUGCACCUGGAUAACCCAAGUUAACAUCAUAUGCGGAUGGCACAGCUUGGCACCUGCAGCGCAACAGGAGUUGUUGGAAUGUUUCAUUGUAUGAAUGUGUCCGCCUACGGGAGUCUUUCUCCGCUGUUUUUUUGUAUUGAGAGUUUCCUUCUCCUGGAUGAGUUGCCAACCAAGGGUUAACAGGUUGCACCCUCACGCUUUGCUGGUGAUGUCUUUGCUUGACUGGUUCUUUGAACUCCAGACCACAAGCUUGGGGUUGGGGUUGACCCAGUUUACACCACACGACCCCCCGUAACCCAACUGAUCUUAAAUCAUAUUAUAUUACUAAGUCAUGAUACAUGUCAUUCCUACUGAGCAGCCUUUUGUACUCGCGUAGAGGUCGCACCUUUUUAACCAAACAUUUCAAUAAAAAUCAUGGGUGCGAGCUAUCUAAACGACAUCAACUUCACUUAGUGUUAUUCAGCGUUAAGAAGUCAUUCAUUUGAACAAGUUGAAGAACCGUUUUCUCCCUUCCUGGAGCGUAUCCGCUGGUAAACAACAAAACAAAAAAUCCUCCCUAUAUCGCGUAGUUUAUGAAGAUUGAUUUUCAAAUUUCCCAGCUGUUCAGGGAACAUUUUUGUGACGAGUUUUUAACAAAUAUUCGUUCAAUUUACGUUAAAAAGUGUCAUGUUCAUCGCACAACUGAACUGAUGGUGUCGCAAAUCUACGGUUAAACUGAAAAUACUCAACUUGUGAAACCCCAAAAUUAAGGGUGCUCUCAAGGACAGUCAGAACGGUUCUCAACUUGUGAAACCCCAAAAUUAAGGGUGCUCUCAAGGACAGUCAGAACGGUUCUCAACUUGUGAACCCCAAAAUUAAGGUUGCUCUCAAGGACAGUCAGAACGGUUCUCAACUUGUGAACCCCAAAAUUAAGGGUGCUCUCAAUGACAGUCAGAACGCUUUCCGUAUCUUUUUUUUUUUUUUUUAUUAAAGUGAAUUUCAAGAUUUAAAGAAAAAAAUAUUUGCGUUUGUGUGUGUUUUUUUUUUCCUACAGGACCUGCAAUAUGUUUUCCAUCGCUGUCACGUGUCUGGCUGUGGUCAGUCGUUUGGUCAGCGGCGAUCUACAACAACAGCAGGCUUUGUCUUCUGCCGUGUCAGCCUUCUCCCAAAAGUUUUACCAGCAGACGUUUUCCACUACGAAGAGCUCCGUCUUCUCGCCUUACAGGUCUUGUCUUUAGAUUAAACAAUUUCAAUAGACCGCGAUGGAAAAAAAAAUAGUUAUAUGACAUUAAUUAUUGCUGAGACUUUCAGUUUAUUAAUUUAAAAAAAUAUAUAUAUAUAUACAUAUUGGAGUUAGCUAUUUCAGAUAAUAUUGCCUAUUAUGAGAAUCGCAUCAUAUAUAUUUUAUUAUAUUUUUAAUUAGAUUUAUCUCGUAUAGAAAAAUAUAUUUAGACCAUAAUUUUUUUUUUGAAACAUUAAAAACUAUAUAAAGACUUGGCUAUGUUAAGAUAAGAACGGACAGAUGAAACUAUUAAGGCCACCAACGGUUGACGAAGGCAAUGCCCUGUCACUACGACAUAGAGCAAUAGAUUUCUUUGCAUACUACAGAAAUGGAGAAGUUAAAUCUUUUUUUUUUUUGUAACGCUUGGACCCACCGGUCUAACCGGGUGCAGUUGUUGUUUUUUUUAUCCGGGUCCGGGUAUUUUGAGAAAAAAAAUUAUUUCUAAAGAAAAAAAUUCAAAAUUUUUUACCGGAUUUCAGACGACACGCAUGGGGGCUCGUUGCGUGACAGACAAACAAGAACAAUAACCACACCAAAGAAUAGUCACCUCCCCUAAAUAAAAUAAAAAGUCAACCCAUUGACCAGAGUUCAGACGCACUCAGUACUAUUAAUAUAAAACAUGUGGGGGUUGGCGGUGAGGGGGGGGGGCUGGUUUUGAAAAGGAAGCAGGACGUACCAGAAGCUAAAUGUAUAUGAGAGAUGGUUUGAAUUUUUUACGCAUAUUAUGUAGAAUGAUCUAAAGAUGACGCUUAAACAAUAAUCCACAUAGUCUAAACAUACACACACACAUACACACACACACACACACACAUAUAUAUAUAUAUAUAUAUAUAUAUUUAUUUAUUUAAUUUGGAAUGCUGUCAAGAUUUCUUCACAUCAUAUUAAAUUGUAUACAAUGACAUGUUUAUUACAUGAGAGGGUCUAAAGAUGAGAUGUGUUUCCUAUUGAGUCAUCUAAAAAAAAACUAUAUAUAAAUGCGUGUUAUCUAUGUAAAUAUCUAUAUAGAUAUGGACGAGAUCAGUAAUAAUAAAGCACACAUGUUUUCUUUAAAAAUCUCAACACUAACCGCACUCUCUGUCUCCAGUGUCCAUUCAGCUCUGUCCAUGACGUCACUGGGUGCUCGGGGCGACACGGCCACUGAGAUCUCGCAGGCGUUGGGUGUGACGUCAUUGGGAGCGUCAACGCAUCUCGCUUACAAGGAGCUUAUCCAACAGGUAAUUUGUCAUCAUAAAAUAAUCCGCCAGGUAAAUCUCGUAAUGAAAUCAUCCGACAAGUAUAGCUCAUAAUGAAAUCACCCUACAAGAAAAUCUCAUUACGAAAUCAUCCGACAUGGUAGUCUCAUAAUAAAAUCAUCUGACAGGUAAAUCUCAUAAUGAAAUCAUCUGACAGGUAAAUCUCAUAAUGAAAUCAUCGAAAACGUUGACUGGACGAUGAUCACUGUUCAUAUUUUAUCCAUAUCGACAUCUCGGACAAUGUUUUGACCACGUUUACGAGAGUGACUUGUCAAUGUCUAAGUCCAUAGAUCUUAUCUUAUUUAAUCACUGAGACUAGUCUCUGUCUAGGUCCUAAUGGAUCUUUUUGAAUUGAUCACUGAGAUCUGUCUAUGUUUGCUAAAAAUGUUAUUUCGACUGACCACUGACUCUGUCGGUCCAACAGUUAAACACUGCCACAGAUGUCGAACUCAACACGGUCAACGCCAUCUACGUCAACCCCAACUACAACAUUCUGCCUCAGUUCGUUAAUGACGUCACCAACUACUAUUCUGCGGUGGCAUCAAAUUUUGACCUCUCUGCACCUGGUGGACCGGAGCAACCCAUCAACGAUUUCAUUGCGGCCAAGACGAAAAAUACAAUCAAAAAUACUGUACCCACAGGUAAAAAUAUGAUAAAAAAUACUGUACCCACAGGUAAAAAUAUGAUAAAAAAUACUGUACCCACAGGUAAAAAUAUGAUAAAAAAUACUGUACCCACAGGUAAAAAUAUGAUAAAAAAUACUGUACCCACAGGUAAAAAUAUGAUAAAAAAUACUGUACCCACAGGUAAAAAUAUGAUAAAAAAUACUGUACCCACAGGCAAAAACCAAAGGAAAAUAGAUAGUUAUUCCAAGGAAAGUAGAGAGAACAAGGAAAACUUAUGUUCGACCAUGGAGAAAUAGAUAGCUAUACCAAGGAGAAGUUAAUAGCUGUACCAAGGAGAAAUAGAUAGCUAUACCAAGGAGAAAUAGAUAGAUAUACCAAGGAGAAUUAGAUAGCUAUACCAAGGAGAAAUAGAUAGAUAUACCAAGGAGAAUUAGAUAGCUAUACCAAUGUAAACAGAGUUAAAUUAUUGUUAAAACCCUAGAAGUACACGUUCUUACUAACUAUAAAAUUAAAAAGAAUCAGUUCACUACUUUGAAAGGGGAUGUUGAUAUUUUUGGAUCUGACGUGUUUGGCUUGAUUUUUUUGUUUUACAAUAACAAACCAACCCUAAGAAUGGUCGUAUAUUUGACAGGAACUAUUGACCGCAAUACGGUGCUGCUCUUGGUCAACACAAUUUUCUUCAACGGAACCUGGGAGCGCAAAUUCCCGGCUUAUGAGAGCUUCAGUCAGGACUUUCACAAAGCGGAUGGGGCUGUUGAAUUGGUAAGUACAUAAAUAUGGUAAAAUGCCGGAGGGGCUGUUGAACUAGUAAGUACAUAUAUGGUAAAAUGGGGAGGGGGCAGGUAUGUAUGUUGUUAUAGCUAGUUGCGGAAGUGUAUUUUGGUCUGAUGGGAAGUGUAGGUUUUCUACAUAAGGAGUACUCGGUCUAGUUGGUGAAUGUGUGUUGGUCUAGUUGUUGAGUGUGUGUUGGUCUAGUUGUGGGAGUACAUGUUGGUUUAGUUGUGGGAGUGUGUCGAUUUUCAAAAAUGCUGUAUCUCCAUUUUUUUGUCGUUUUGAGAUAAUCGACUUUUUCUGCUACACAAUGAUGGCUCAAAUUUUCGGAAAAAUAAAUGUUUAUUUAGGUAUAUAUUCAAAAUAUACGUUAGAUUAUAAUGAAAAUUGAAAUGUAGGUUAAUGAAAAUGUAUUUAUUUUACUUGGUUGAAUUUCGUUUUUCGUUUCAAAAUGCUGUGUAUCCAGCUGUAAUUUAGCGAAAGAAUGUUGUAUAUCCAUUUUGAUAGCAUAACAUUUUCCCAGUAGCAAAUAAUUCAAGUUGUUUAUAGAUUAUAAACCACUUACAUAUUAAAAUAAAAUUUAUUUGUAUCAUAUACGUUAUACGAUCGUGUAUAUUUAAUGUUUUUUAUUGAUAUAUUUUAACAGAACAGUGUAAUAAAUGCUGGGAAGUCGCUUGUAAUAGUGCAAUGUUUAGAGUACGCUAUAAGUUUGCAUGAUUUGUUUUUAUAAAUCUGAAUUCUAAACAAAAGUAAACACGAUAAUGUUCAAUUCACAAAUCAUUUGAUUUGACUUUAGAACAACGACACAAUAGAACAUAAUGAAGUGUCUGAUUCAGAGUGUGCAUCAUCUUCAAUAGCAGUUUGGUGUUUUGUUCCAGGAAAAGUUGAUGCUUCUUAUUUACAUACAAAUCAGAGGGAAAAUAUUUCUGUCCUUGAGCACCAUUUCUUCUGUAAUGGCUGGAUCUGCAUGUAAAAGAUUGAAUGUGUCAUAAAUUACACAGCUAACUUAUGUUACUGCCUUAAUAAUAAACCAGAUAUUUUAACAUAACAUUGAGAUGAACCAUUGAAGAGAUCAUUACCUUAGAAUUCAUCCUGGUCACAUCAAAUUUACAACUACAACCGUUUUUUUCCCCAAAAACGGGCAACUAAUUUAAACUUGGCUUGGAUUGGUUUGAGACAGUAUUUUUUUUUUCAUCACAUAAUUUAAUGUUGAACAGCUCCUAAUGAUGCACGACGACCGAACCAUCAAUGUAAAGAGAGACAACGUGAACGGCGUCGACGUGGCUGAGCUCCCCUUCAAAGGCGGCAGGUUCAGUCUGUACAUCGCUCUGCCCCAGAAAGUGGACGGCAUCUCAGAAUUAGGUGAGCGCAAUCAGCUUGCGACUUCUCCUAACGUGAGAGAGGGGGGAGGGGGGACAAAAAUACCAUUUUCGAUGCAAUACUGGUAGAUACCAACCGUAGAAAACUGUCUACAUUGCGUUUCGGAAGGGGGAGGGGGUGGUAUUGGUAAUCAUUUAAAAAAAUGGAAAGGGGGAGGGUUUGUGGUGGGAUUAUGAGCAUAUGCACAUUAAAAGGUCACAAGGUCACAACUCUGAGCAUGUGUUACGCUGGAGUUGGAUAAGAACCACCCAUAAAUCCUUAGACAAUGUGUCACGUUUGAGUUAGGAAUAUCUCAUAACUUUUUUUUAAACCAUAUGACACGUUGAUCAAGUGCCACGUUGGAGUUACGAAUCCCAGGUAAAUUUGGUGACCGUUAAAAUAAUUGUUGACUUUUUUAAACAUGAUUAUUAAGCGGGACAUAAAGAAAUCAAAUUGUUUGUUGUCUUUUUUUUUUUUUUUGGGGGGGGGGGGUUUAAUCCUUUUUUUUUUUUCAAUUUUUCCUUUUUUUUUUUUUUCACUUUUUUUUUUUUUUUUUUUUUUUUUUUGGGGGGGGGGGGUUUAAUCCUUUUUUCUUCUUCAAAUUUUCCCUUUCUUUGUUUCUCACAUUAUUAUGCAUGUCCUAAAUUUCUAACCACACCAUAUUUAUAAAUUUUAAACAUAUGAUAAAUUAUUAACAUAUGAUAAACUAUAAACAUAUGAUAAAUUAUAAACAUAUGAUAAAUUAUAAACAUAUGAUAAACUAUAAACAUAUGAUAAAUUAUAAACAUAUGAUAAACUAUAAACAUAUGAUAAAUUAUAAACAUAUGAUACAUUAUAAACAUAUGAUACAUUAUAAACAUAUUAUAAAUUAUAACAUAUGCUAAAUUCUAAAUAUAUAAUAAUUAUAAACAUAUGAUACAUUAUAAGCAUAUGAUAAAUUAUAAACAUAUGAUAAAUUAUAAACAUAUGAUACAUUAUAAACAUAUGAUAAAUUAUAACAUAUGCUAAAUUCUAAAUAUAUAAUAAUAAUAAACAUAUGAUAAAUUAUAAACAUAUGAUAAAUUAUAAACACAUAAUAAAUUCUAAAAGAAAUACAAUAAUAUAAUUUUUUUUUCUUUCCAUUUUUUGAAACACAUUUAUUGGAGGGAUAUCAACAACAACAACAACAAAAUCUUAAAUAUAUCUAUAGAUGCAACUAAAUGACAUUUGGUCUUUAGGACUCUUAAAUACUGAGCAUAAACUUUCAGAAAAGCUGCUGGCCACAGCGGGCAAGGUGGACGACCUUUUCGCCGGCUUGAGUCCAGUCCGACUUAGUCUGGCCAUCCCUGUCGUAAGGCUGUCGUCGUCCAUGAUGGUGAGCUCGAACCUCAAGGACAUGGGGAUUGUGAAGGCUUUCAGCCCCAUGGCGGCAGACUUCACCGGCAUCACGCAGUCGGGUGAGCGAGGCAUCUGUCAAGGGGUACAUUCAAAACAUCGCCCCCAUAUUGCUUGUGACCAUAUGUAACUUUGACAAUGUAUCCAACCUGGGUCUAUAUAACAUGUAAAAAUAUCCCCCCCUUCCCCCCCUCCCCCCCCCCCCCCUCUAUUUUUNNNCCCCCCCCCCCCCCCCCCCCCCGUCUGUUUUUGAAUUCUCCAGGUAAAUAGAUUUUUAAAACUAUUUAUUUUCGUUGGCGGGGAGGGGGUUGAGGGGGAUUAAACGAGGAAUUUUUUUUACAAAAUAAUGUCUCCUGUCUGUGUUGUGUUUGGGACUGAUCUCCAAUUCAUCAGAUCAAAAGGCCAUAUUUUGGCCAGAUAUUUAUGUGACCACACAUAUGACAAGCCCUUUACCAUAAGUUAAAUUUUAAGAAGUUAAAAUUUAUAAUAAUAAAUAUAGGCCUGCUAAAAUUCAUUGAUUCAGCAAUCGCUAAUAUGAAAAUUAGGGUUGCAUGGGAAAACAACUGAAGAAUUAUUAUUAAGCUAAUAACGAAUUUUUAAUGGGUUCAUUAUUUGUAUCAUUUUUUUAAAAAGAAGUCUACAAACAUCUGUCAUUUGACAAAUUCUUAAAAUUCAUAGAGAACUCUCGAAUAAAAUACAAAUAACAUGACCAACAGAAUUGACCAAGGUUGAAAAAAAAGACGGGGGGGGUGGGGGGGUAUCUUCCGUUACUCGAGAGUUUGAGGUGGACACCAGUGAAGCGCUUCCAGUGUGAUGGUUUGUUUGAGGUGGACACCAGUGAAGCGCUUCCAGUGUGAUGGUUUGUUUGAGGUGGACACCAGUGAAGCGCUUCCAGUGUGAUGAUUUUUUUUGUAAAUACAAAGCUCUCUUUGUAACCAGCUUUUGUAUAUAGAAUUUUUUUCAAUAUAUCCAGACAUGUAUAUAUAACGCUGUCAAUGUAUCCAGUCUUGUAAAUACGUUGGGAAUGUAUCCAACAGUUGUUUCUACAACGCUGUCCACGGAUCCAAGCUGGUGUUAUGUAAAUUUGUCAGUGUAUUCAAUCUUUGUAUAUAUAUAAGGUUGUCGGUGCAUGCAUGGUAUGUUUACAUUACUAUAUAAAACUAUCCACCACGUCUCUAGUAUUCCUCCUCCACCACCCUUCGAUCGGUGCAUUGUGUAACAAUUUCGUUUCAUUCAAACGAAGUCGAGAAGUAGCGCGCCGACAGAUACAGGAGGUUGGUGUCCUAACUAUGUUUUAUACCUUGUGCAGCCCAGGUGUACCUCAGCCACGUCAUUCACAACGCCGUGAUUGACAUCAAAGAGACCGGCACCGUGGCCGCCGCGGCCACUGUCAUCGACAUCGUCGCCACGUCCGUGCAGUUGCCGCCCGCGGAAUCCUUCGUGGCUGACCACCCCUUCCUCUACUUCCUGCGGGACAAGCAAACCGGCCUGAUCCUCUUCCAGGGACAGUACUCCGGCUAGACGUCAACUGUAGAUGAUUCUUAAAUGCUUUAAAAAAAAUUAAAAAUUUAAGCCGUAACAAAGAUUUUGUUAGUCUUUUUUAUCAGAAGCUAUACUUUUUAGAAUAUAUUGUUAACAAGAAAAAUGACAAAGUCAAUAAAAUGCUCAAGAAAUUAUUAUUAUUAUUUUUUUUUACAUUAAAAAAAGACAACUAUUUAGUUAUGUAGCAUUUGGGACUGAUCCUUAAAAGAAGAAGGAAGAACAACUAAAUGCUUUCUAAUACUGAAACGUACUGUGUUUUACAACAACACAACUUUUUAACUAUACGUGUUAUGAGUAAAAUACUGGACAAUUUUGUUCUUUUUUUUUUUAACGCAAGAAUUUCCAAGCUCUCAUGAUUAAUAUUCUUAUUUUGUCUAGCCACCCCACCAACAUUCAUAAUAUUCUUAUUUUGUCUAGCCACCCCACCAACAUUAAAAAAAGUUGAAUAAAAGUGGUCUGAUUUCCUCGUUACUGACCUCGGUGUGUUAGCCGAAAUAAUCUGUUUAGCAC